AUGGCCCGCGGCGCCAACCCGACGUUCCAAGGAGCCCCCAAGCUGACCAAGUCUCGUACCCCACAGGCAACCGACAGAGCCAGAGAGCUGGACCGCCUAUAUCAGAUGCGAAACCCAGGCCCGCGCCGGGGGCAUGCGCCGCAGAUAUCCAUCAGCGAUGACAGCCACCACGUCACCGAGGCCAUAGGCGACAUGUACGGCGGCGACAGCGACACCGACGCUCCCAACCGCCGCAGCCUGCGACCCCUAAGCUUCGUCCCCAGCCCCAACGGCGACUCGAUCCAGUCCUUUGGCGCCUUCGAGGCCUUCGACCCCUUCCCCAACGCGCCCCCCGCGAGGUCCCCGCUGCGUCCCCAGAUGUCUUUCGAGAAGCCCCAAACGCCCACGAGCCCCAAUGGCACCGCCAACAUGGCCCAGAAGCGGGCCUCGGUCGCCCGGCACCCCUCGAACGGCGGCCAGAUGUCCCCUCCGCUGUCCCGCUCGAACUCGAACACGGCGUCACACCAGUUCCCGCUGAACAACCUCGACUACGAGAACAGCCCGGCGGGCCUCGCCCAGGAGCUGAGCAACCUGCAGGCCAUACGGAGGAUGUCCAUGGGCGUUAACAAUGCCGAUCCCGAUCUGCCUUCGUUCCAGUCCGCAAACUCACCGCCCUCCCCACCGGCCAUGUCGGAAGAGGACGAGUCGAAACUCUUCUGGGUACCCGCACGGCUGCACCCCGAACUGGCGCCCAUGGAGUUCAAGACGUUCAUUGAAGACAAGAUUGACAGGACGAGACGACGCUCCGGAGACUCUGACUCGCUAUCUCCGGACGGCGCCAUGGGGCGUCAGGGCUCGGGUGGAGGGCUGCGGCGGAAGAAGUCCAUGCUGUCCAGGCAGAUUGAUACUGGCUCUGGCUACAAGGACGGCGCCGAGAGGCUGGAGAGGAAGCGAUCCGGCGCGCAGCCCAACGGGGGCUUGUCGAACCUACAGGAGCUCGAGCACAUACAGGAGGACCCGGUGGCCCUGAUAAGACGGAUGAGCAUCGAUCAAAAGGGCAUGUCGGGGGAAGGGGAAGAGGGCGCCGACGGUAUGCCCAUUGUGCCGGGUAGCAAGAUGCGUGGUCUGGGCACGCUCAAGAGAUCAACACACACUACGUACAGACGAGGCAGUCUGCGGAAAGGCGGCCCGCCCCUCUCACGGCGACUCGUCUCUGGCCGACAAGGAGACACAGACACGGAAGAUUCCCCGUCCACCUCGCCCGUCCACUCUACCGAGAGCAUACCCGAAGUCCCUCCUCUCCCAGGUCUCAACCGCGUUCAGUCGGAACCCGUUAACUCGGCGUUUGAAGGAUCGUCCAACAACUUCUCGCGGCCUGGGGCAAAGCGGGCAUCUCCCAGCUAUGGCGGCGAGAGACCUGGUUCAUCUGAAGAGUACCCCAGAUCAGCUUCUACGGAGCCGAUAUCCCAGCAGGAGCGGAGUUCGCCGCAGCCCAGGCAGUUCCACUCGCGAAUCGCCUCCAACGGCCGCACGACUGCACCUUUGCCAGGCUACACACCUCCGCCGCAGCAGGUACCCCAGAUCAUCGAGACACCACCGCCACAAGAACAGAACCGAACACCUCAGUUUCAGCUACCCGAACGUCACUCCUCCCGCCAACCUCCGCCUCAAGCCCAGCAACAACCUGCGGGCCCACGUCAUUAUCCUCAACCUCAGCAGCAACCUCCGCAACAACAGCGCCAGCCCCAGUCGUCGAGUCGACCGAACCGUCAUGCACAAGCUGCUCAGUCGUCCCCGAUCAAACCCGCUCAGUCCUUCGAUGAUCUAGUAGCGCAUCCUUCGGCGAUGCCCGGCCAGAACAACAGGGUCGAUUCGUUGUCCAUAAUCCCGAACGCACCAGAAGAGAAGAAGCUCGAACCGAAGGCCAAAGAUAAGAAGGACAAGGAUGGCUCUGAGGGCGGGCAAAGGAAGACGAGCUGGGGCUGGUUUGGCGGUGAUAAGGAGAAGGAAAAAGACAAGAAGUCAAAAGACAAAGACUCAGAAAAAGAAGCCCCGAAGAAGGUCAAGAACAAGCUCAGCAAGUCCCAGGAGAAGGAGAAGGACAAGGGCCACGAUGACACGAGACUGGACCUCCUGCAGACAUCGAUACAGGGCGGCGGUCGUGGUCGCGAGAGCGUAGUGCUGGAUCGCGAAAGCGUCAAGCUGGAAGAAGAGCGAAAGAAGGAGAGCGCCAGAAAAACAUCCAGCGAGGGCAAGAAAGAGAAGGAACCUGGACUGCUGUCCUCCAUCUUCGGAGGAGGAAAGAAGAAGGGCGAGAAAGAGUCGUCCCACAAGAAGAACGCCUCACGUGGAUUAUCGCCCGAGCCCCCGCCACGCAUCUUAAAGCCCGAUAUCGACUACAACUGGACCCGAUUUUCGAUCCUAGAAGAGCGCGCGAUAUACCGCAUGGCCCACAUCAAGCUUGCGAAUCCCCGCCGCGAGCUUUACUCCCAAGUCUUGCUGUCCAACUUCAUGUACUCGUACCUCGCCAAGGUCCAGCAAAUGCACCCGCAGAUUUCCAUCGGCAACUCCAAGCAAGCAAAGCAAGCUCAACAGGCUCAGCAACAGCAACAAGCCGCGCAGCAGAAGAAGGAGCAGCAGCAGCAGCAACAUCAGCAGCAGGCUGCUCAGCAAUCUCAGCAGCAGGUACAGCAGCAGCAGCAACCGCAGCAUCAACAGCAACAGUCGCAGCCUGAGGAGUUUGCUCAAUAUCAGCGGUACCAGCAGCAACAGCAACAGCACGAACAGCAAUCCUCCGAAAAAUCCUCACAAGAAUGGCCCUCUGUUCACCAACAACAAGCCAAUGGCGGCCUCUCAUCACAACAAAACGGCCAACACCACCAACAGCAUGCAAGAGGCGGCUCUCAGCAGGGUAAUUCUUAUAACCAGAACCCGCGUGAUUCGCAUCACUCGAAUCAUAGUGCGAAUGGCGGGGGAGGAAGUGGUGGAGGUGGAUAUAGUGUAGCGAAUACGCAGAAUUAUCUGGGACAAUCUGGGAAAGGGGGUGGUGGUGGUGGGAUAGGAGGGGGAGGAGGAGGGUAUAGUAAUUAUAGUGAUGAAGAGGGGGGGAAGAGGGGGGAUGACGAUAUGUGGUAG